GCUAACUUUAGGCUGAGAAUAUAACAACAAAUAUAAGCGUGGUAUCCAAUGGUUACCUUUCUUGACAAUAACUUCUAAAUCUCCAACAGUCUCAUAUUAUGUGUGUUCAAUAUAGUGAUUUGACAAGACUGUAGAUUGCUGCAUUGUCGUAAGUGUAAAUACAUGGCAGAAGCGGAGCAGACGUCACAUCUUGCAAAACAUGAGUCCGCACAAGAGAAAGAGAUGGAAAAGAAAGACGCGAAUUCAAAGGUUUUCGAGGAUGUUGAGAGCGAAAUAGCGCAGCAACCUGUUUAUCAAGUUCGACCACAUAUGUAUGAAAAGUUUAAACCUCUAAGUGCUAAGGAGAUAAUACAUGAUGUGUUAUUUGAUCAACUGGCCGCAAGAUCAUAUGAUGCACAAGCAGCUGCACAAUGGACCAAAGAUAUAGCAGAUAUUAUUGAAGGAAAAAUCAAAAAUCUACAUUUUAAAAGAUACAAAUACAUUGUCAAUGUGAUUUUGGGACAGCAGCAUGGUGCUGGUGUUAAAGUAGGUACAAGAUGUAUUUGGGACGCCGAAGCUGACACGUAUGCUUAUGAUAGUUUUAUCAAUGACACUAUAUUCUGUGUGGCCGCAGUAUAUGCAAUUUAUUUUUAUUAGAAAGGACUUUCUCUGGAAAGAAGAAUACAGAUAUAGACAUAACGCAUGAAUGGAAAGAUAUUGUUUAGAAAUAUUGGCAAAUUUAUUAGUAUUAAGUACAACCUAUUAUGUUAUCAUAUAUUAAUACACACAUAAUAUUACAUGUCACAACAUGGCACUAUAUUUUUUACACAUAAUUACAAAUAAUACUUGUAUCCUAUAUGUAAUAUGCAUGGUCGCAGUGAUAUAUUUUCCAUUUAUACUCUUAUUUAUACUCUAAAAUUAUUAUAGCACCAUAAUUCACGGUAGUAUAAUGUAAUUAAAAAUUUAUCCUACUUUUGUUACAAUAUCUAAUGCCAUGUAUUUUUACACUCAUGCACUUUUAACGAAUAUUCUUGUAAAUAGCCCUUAAUUUAUGGGAUAAUUUAAGAUUCUUUGUAUCUUUUAUAGAAUGACAAUAAUAAUAUUAUUUAUUUUGUAAACUGUAAAGAUUCUUUACUAUUUUCGGAAAUGUAAAUGUUACCUUAACAAUUUAAGUAGCAAUUUACUAAUGUUAUAUGAUCUACAAUUCACAACAUAUCGUAGCAAGCGAUAUAAAUGAAGAUACAAAAAUAUACGGUUUGUUAAUAAAAAUUUUUAAUCAGUUAACAUAUUCUAUGGCCAUGUUAUUAAUUAAAUGACUUAUCUUGUUGGUUUAAACCAUAGGGUAUACAGCAAUAUAAUAUACUUAAAGAAUUUACAAAAGGCACCAUGUCUAUCUUGUAAUAUCUUGUUAUAACAAAUGCCACAUUGUAGCAUGUUUAAAAAAUCUAAAAUUAAUAAUUUGUCAUUUUUAUUAUAUUUUCUUAUAACAGAAAGAAAAUAAAUAUAAUGUUAAGAUAUUUUCAUCAUAUGUAUAAAUACGUUAAAAUAAAGUUGAUAGCAUAUCGAACGAGAUUCCUUUUUAGGACGUAGCACAAUUUGUUUUGAUUACUUGUUUACUUUUAUAAAUAGCUCAUCGCGUGUUAAAUAUUAACAUGCAUGCAUAUGUCUCUUCUUCAAUUACGCUAUUUGUUGUCAAUAGAUGCAUGCUCCGGCCGUGGAAGGAGAGAAAGAGAAGAAAGCACAUGAUAUCUCAGAAUAUGUAAAAAGUCAGAUCUCGUGUUGACACGGGAAAAAUUUUAAGUGUGCAAUAGUAUGUAACAGUUAAAUAUUUUAACAUCAGCUUUCCUCUGUGAUUCUUUCAAUUUAUACACUCUUAUAUUCCUUUCUUCAUUUAUAAUGUAGUGUAAAAUGUUUAUACCACGUUAUAUGCUUACAUUAACACGUUGUCACUUAUACCACGGGCGGUACUCAAACGCUUUUGUUCCUCAUACAAAUAAUAAUUCUUUUACGCUCGGCCAUACUUGUAAAUAUAAAGUAGCGCUGUCAAUACAAAUCUCUCUCUCUCUCUCUUUCUCUGGUAGUUUCUAUACAAUAACUGUGGAUCCAGACUUUUGUUGACCGGUACAUAAUGGCCUUU